AUGGGUCAGUUACACCUGGUCCGUUGCACCGUGGAUGGAGGUGUGUUCGUCAGCGGUGCACGUACCCAGCCUCGCUUCAGCGAGUGCCGAAUUCGGAAGUCGAAGGGCAAUGGAAUGCGGUUUACUGAUCAUUCACACGCACUGAUGAACCGCAGCUACGUGGAAGAUCACGGAGGUCACGGGGUCCUCAUCGAGCGGAACUCGCAGCCCAAAAUUGCCGAAACCUACAUAUCUGGCAAUGCUGGCUAUGGCAUCCGUGUCUACUGCGGCGGCCAGAAGCUCCCCAACACAAAUGCAUCACUAUUGCCAGAAUCUCUCGAGAGCAUUCGCAACAAUCAUUUCGUGGACAAU